AUGAUAAAAAAUGCACUUUACACAUCCAAGCGCAAUACCAAAAGAAAAAUUAUACCAUACCAUCAAAAUGCCGUGCAUUUUUUCAAGCGUAAGCUUUCUGAGAGUUGCUUUGCGUUUAACAACGCAUUACCAAGGUAUCGCGACAAUCUAAAGUCAGACUUGGCUACAUGUACGUGGUAUUUGCUGUUGGAAACUCCGAAUUAUUCGCCGAGUCGAGAUGCAGCGUUUUCCUGUUGUCGCCAACUGGAAGAGCGGUGUGCGGUCGACAUUGGUAGUUGGCUGUCCAUGGUCAAGCACAAGCUGUUUCGCUUUUCCCUCAAUUCAGACGUGGACGACUUGGACAGGCAAAUCGUUCACGCCGACGCACUUGUGUACUUGGGAAGCUUAACCGCGGCUACAGUGGAACCCAUGUCGGUGGGCACGGCUGCAAAGGCCGUCUAUGGAAUGAGCCGAGCUUGGAAAAUAUACCAACAGAGUUACGCAGCGGUGUUGAAAGUGUACAGCGCCAUUUUCGACGUCGGUAAUGUUAUAAUUAAAACACAGUUUUGUGGUUAG